CGGCGCGCAGCCGGGAUGGCGACGGUGAGCCUGGAGCCCGCGGGCGGCUGCGCCUGGGACGAGCCGGUGCGCAUCUCCGUGCGCGGCCUGGCCCCGGGACAGCCCGUCACGCUGCGCGCGUCCCUGCGCGACGAGAGGGGCGCGCUCUUCCGGGCCCACGCGCGCUACCGGGCGGACGACCGCGGCCUCCUGGACCUGGCGCGCGCGCCCGCGCUGGGCGGCAGCUUCGUGGGGCUCGAGCCCAUGGGGCUGCUCUGGGCCCUGGAGCCCGAGACGCCUUUCUGGCGGUUCGUGAAGCGGGACGUGCAGACGCCCUUCGCCGUGGAGCUGGAGGUGCUGGACGGCCACGAGCCCGACGCCGGGCGGCUCCUGGGCCGGGCGCUGCACGCGCGCCACUUCCUGCGGCCCGGGGUGCGGCGGGUGCCGGUGCGCGCGGGCCGGGUGCGCGGCGCGCUCUUCCUGCCCCCGGGACCUGGACCUUUCCCGGGAAUCAUUGAUAUCUUUGGAAUCGGAGGGGGCCUGGUGGAGUAUCGGGCCAGCCUUUUGGCUGGUCAUGGCUUUGCCACCUUUGCUCUAGCUUAUUAUAACUUUGAAGAUCUCCCCAAGGAAAUUGACAGCGUAGACCUGGACUACUUUGAAGAAGCCCUAUGCUACAUGCUUCAACACUCUGAGGUAAAGGGCCCAGGCAUUGGGCUCCUGGGCAUUUCUUUAGGGGCUGAUAUUUGUCUUUCCAUGGCCUCAUUUUUGAAGAACAUCUCAGCCACAGUUUCCAUCAAUGGAUCAGGGUUCAGUGGAAACAAAGGCAUACGCUACAAGCAGACUUUCAUCCCACCAUUGGGCCAUGAUUUGAGGAGGAUCAAGGUAGCUUUUUCAGGCAUCCUGGACAUUGUGGAUAUACGGAAUGAUGUCGUAGGAGGGCAUGAGAACCCCAGCAUGAUUCCAAUGGAGAAGGCCCAGGGGCCCAUCCUCUUCAUUGUUGGUCAGGAUGACCAUAACUGGAGAAGUGAGUUAUAUGCCCAAAUAGCCUCUGAGCGGUUACAGGCCCAUGGAAAGGAAAAACCUCAGAUCAUCUCUUAUCCUGGGACUGGGCAUUAUAUCGAGCCUCCUUACUUUCCUUUUUGCCCAGCUUCCAUUCAGAAAUUACUGAACAAACCUGUAAUCUGGGGUGGGGAGCCAAGGGCUCAUUCUAAGGCCCAGGAAGAUGCUUGGAAACAAAUUCUGACCUUUUUCUGCAAACAUCUUGGAGGUACCCAGAAUAUAGCUCCCCCCAAAUUGUAAUAUAGUGGUCUAUUGUUGACAUGGGAAUUCAAGGUCUGGGACACCUGGGUGGUGCAGUGGUUGAGUGCCUGCCAACUCAGGUUGUGAUCCUGGGGUCUUGGGUUUGAGUGCCGCACUGGGCUCCCUGCAAGGAGCCUGCUUCUCCCUCUGCCUGUGUCUCUGCCUCUCUGUGUGUGUGUGUCUCAUGAGUAAAUAAAUAAAAUCUUUAAAAAAGAGAGAGAGAGAAAUUCAAGAUCACAUUCUGGUGUUUUAGUAAUCGUAUGUGAAUCAGUUGCCCCCCGGUAACAUUAAAUUCAUGUCAUGAGUGUUAAUGAUAUAUUUUAGACAACAUUUUUAAGGGACGCUGGGGUGGCUCACUGGUUAAGCAUCUGCCUUCAGCUCAGGUCAUGAUCCUGGAGUCCUGGGAUCAAUCCCACAUCAGGCUCCCUGCAUG